ACCAUUUGAUCGCAGCUUUUGUGUAGUGAACGGUUAAAAACCCCACUCAUGCGCUUGGUGUGUAUGGUUAGAUAGACGAUGGUAGGCGCCAUUGUUAUUCAGCUCUCCUUGCUGCUCCUUGCUCCCAGUUUAGUGGAGGUAUCAAGAUUUGCCUGGAACUGAACGUGCUUGUUUACUGCUGUUCGUGCACGUUUUGGGCCAAUCUUUGAAAAAGCUAUAUUUUUAGUAAUCACAUGCCAAGCCCCUCAACAGUGCUCCGAUAGCACCGAAAGUGUUCUCUGCAGUGUAUGUGAUAAAUAACAUGAAGCUAUCUUGUAAACAAGCCUGUGUAGAAACCAAAUUUAUAAAGUGAUUGUGUGCAAACUCCAUUUAGCAAGGAGAAAUAAGGAAGAAGGAAAACGUGUGCUUCAAAUUUUUCCUCGCCAGCAUUUUCCGAAAAUCUGUUAAAAACGGCUUCAGAAAUGGUAAAAAGGACCGAUGGCACAGAGUCGCCAAUUCUCGAGGAAAGGGAGGGUACGAACUCAGACAAGCCGAAACAACAAAUCAAGUAUGGAGAACUAGUCAUUUUAGGGUACAAUGGAUUUUUGCCACAAGGUGAUCGUGGCAGAAGACGUAGCAAGUUUAUGUUGCACAAGAGGCAAGAUCCGAACGGUGUUAAGAGAUCUAAGCAUUAUGUGGUUAAGACUCCUCAUUCGUCCCAAGCGAUACUAGAUGCUAGACAGCAUUCGAUCUCAUACACAUUGUCCAGAAAUCAUGCGGUCAUCGUGGAGUACACAGCAGACGAUGACACCGAUAUGUUCCAGAUCGGCAGAUCCUCCGAAUCCCCCAUCGAUUUCGUGGUCAUGGACACUAUACCAGGCGACAAAUGCGGCGAGAAUAAAGUGAUGCAAAGCACCAUAUCUCGUUUUGCUUGCAGAAUUCUCUCGGAUCGGAAUUGCCCGAAAGUAUGCAGGAUAUAUGCAGCUGGAUUUGAUACAUCCAGAAAUAUAUUUCUUGGCGAAAAAGCGACGAAAUGGCACGAUAAUGGCAGGGAAAUCGAUGGUCUUACGACAAACGGCGUUCUGAUCAUGCAUCCGAAGGGCACUUUCUGCGGCGGGGAAGGAAAAUGUGGUUUCUGGUUGGAGGCGUCAGUCGGUGGAGGUGUUUUUUCGCUUAGAGAAUCUAGGUCCGCCCAGCAGAAAGGUCAAGUGAUAGAAGAAGAGACUAACGUAUUGCAAGAUGGUACUUUGAUUGAUCUGUGCGGAGCCACACUGCUGUGGAGAUCAGCCGAAGGAUUAGAGAAAUCACCUAGUAAACGAGAUUUAGAAAGGGAAAUUGAUGAAAUAAAUGCCGGACGGCCGCAAUGUCCGGUUGGCUUAAACACUUUAGUUAUACCGAGAAAAGUCACGCCCAACGAGAACCAACAGCAGCCCUACGUAUAUUUAAACUGCGGUCACGUUCAAGGACUGCACGAUUGGGGACAGGAUAAGGAUUCGGGUGAUAGGAAAUGUCCUAUUUGCUUAGAGUUAGGACCAGUCGUCAAAGUGUGUAUGGGUCUGGAACCAUCAUUUUAUGUAGAUUCUGGACCACCUACUUUUGCUUUUAACCCAUGUGGUCACAUGGCAACCGAAAAAACUGUGAAAUAUUGGGCUAACGUGGCUAUACCACAUGGCACCAAUGGCUUCCACGCCGUUUGUCCGUUCUGUGCGUCUCCCUUGGCCGGCGUUCCGGGUUAUAUCAGACUUAUAUUCCAAGACAACGUUGACUAAAAGAUACACUUACGAUGACUUACACAUUUAUUGUUUGUUCGUUUUUUUUCCUCAAUCUCUCUAAUUUUUAUAUUAAUUAAUUUUAAAGAAUUGUUAUAUAAAUGUGUUCUCUGGGUGUGAGCGCGUAGAGUGAUUUUGAUUUCCUCUUUUCCUUCUUAGUGUAGACCACCAAAGCUUUAUUUAUGUUGCUAGGAAACCAAUUUUAUUAUUCGCUUCCAUUAUA